UUGGAAUAACAUGGACUUUUCCAAGUCGACUUCGAAACUAACAGAAGCCUCAAGGAACGGCGCUAAUAGCAGCUUGAGUAACAACAUAAACCUUCCACAGCUUAUUGGAGUGAGUGAAAAAGAGAAAGUAGCGGAAACUGUCAGUUAUUCUGCAACCAAAGUUAUUGGUAGUGGUUCCUUUGGUGUAGUCUUUCAAGCGACGGUUGGAGAAACGGGGGAAUUUGUGGCUAUUAAAAAAGUUUUUCAAGACAAAAGGUUUAAGAAUAGAGAACUACAAAUUAUGCGAAUGCUUGAACACCCAAAUAUUGUCGAGCUAAAGCAUUGUUUUUAUUCAACUGGUGAGAAGCCAGAGGAAGUUUAUCUCAAUUUGGUUCUUGAGUACAUUCCAGAAACGGUCUAUAAAGUCACAAGACACUAUAGUAAAUUGAAACAACCGGUUCCUCUUAUAUAUAUUAAGUUAUAUAUGUAUCAGCUAUUGCGAGCUCUUGCAUAUAUUCAUUCACGAGGUAUUUGUCAUCGUGAUAUAAAGCCACAGAAUCUGCUUGUGGAUCCACAAACUCAGGUCUUAAAGUUAUGUGACUUUGGCAGUGCCAAGAUACUGGUAGCAAAUGAACCAAACAUUUCAUAUAUUUGUUCUCGUUAUUAUCGAGCACCCGAGUUGAUAUUUGGAGCUACCGAUUAUACGACAGCCAUUGAUGUUUGGUCAUCGGGUUGUGUGAUGGGAGAAAUGUUACUUGGUCGUCCUUUAUUUCCAGGAGAAUCAGGAGUUGACCAACUUGUAGAAAUUAUUAAAGUUCUAGGGACACCCUCACGACAAGAAAUCCGAGCUAUGAAUCAAAACUAUACAGAGUUUCGAUUUCCUCAGAUCAAGGUAGGUUCAUUCCAUUAUAGUUGUCCAUUUUUGAUACGAAUCUAUUUAUAUAGCCUUGUCCAUGGGAACGUAUUUUCAAGAUGCAUUUAAAUAUUCCGACAGCAAUUGACCUUAUUUC